AUGGAUACUGGCAGCAAGGACAAACCUGCAAGUACGAAAUCUAGCAGCAAGUAUCACUCUAAAUGGAGUAUAUUGGUAGAACAUCAUGUGCAGCCAGAUUUACUUGCUAUGGAGUCCAUAUAUGGAGCCAAUGCCUUUAUUCUCAACAGACAGGGAGGACUACGAUCUUUUCAGAUUCAUAUACACAUUGAAGAUCCACAGGAACUUACUAUCUCUGCAAAGCUAAAUUCAUCUAGUGAUCUUGAGACAAAAAGUGAUGGUUCGGCUGAGUUCUCAUACUCUUUCAAAGUCCAGUACCUUACUCCAAUUGUGCUGACAUGUUUAUUACCUAAAUCAUACCCGAGUCAUAUCCCUCCUCAUUUUAUAAUUUCCGUUCAGUGGCUGAAUCAUGUUAAGAUUUCCAGUCUUCGCUCCAUGUUGGAUUCGAUUUGGAUGGACCAAACAGGGCAGGAAGUUAUAUACCAAUGGGUGGAAUGGCUACAUAGUUCGUCUCUUUCUUAUCUCAGUUUCAAUAAAGAAUUAAUUCUUGGUCCAUGUGGGGUGAGAUAUAGUGGAGAUAGGCGUGCAGUUUCAGGAAGCAUAUCCCCAGAUGUUGACAUUCCUUUAAUGAAGAGUUACAACGAUGAGCAGCUCCUUGCAAACUUUGGCAAGAAUUGGCAUGAAUGUUGCAUAUGCUUUAGUGAGUAUGCAGGGACAGAAUUCAUUAGAUUGCCAUGCCAACACUUCUUCUGUUGGAAAUGCAUGAAAACUUACUCUGGUAUGCAUGUAAAGGAGGGGACAAUAAGCAAGCUUCAGUGUCCUGAUGCAAAAUGUGGGGGUAUGGUUCCACCUGGUGUAUUGAAACAAUUGCUUGGUGAUGAGGAAUUUGAACGUUGGGAGUUGUUAAUGUUACAGAAAACACUCGAGUCAAUGUCUGAUGUAACCUAUUGCCCGAGAUGUGAAACAGCCUGCAUAGAAGAUGGAGAGCAACAUGCACAAUGCUCAAAGUGCUACUAUAGCUUUUGUACGCUUUGCAGGGAGCGACGUCAUGUAGGAAUUGCAUGUAUAACACCAGAACUGAAGCUUCGUAUCUUGCAGGAACGACAGAAUUCAUCUCAAUUGGAGGAUAAACAAAAGCAUCGUGAGCGCGAAAUGAUGAACGAUAUUCUUAGCGUCAGGGAAAUACUUGGUUUUGCUAAGCAAUGUCCAUCUUGUAAGAUGGCUAUCUCACGAACUUUUGGUUGCAACGAGAUGGCAUGCGAAAAUUGUGGGCAGACAUUCUGCUACCGCUGUAAUAAGGCGAUUGGUGUUGGUCGAAAUGGUCGAAAUGAUCACUUCAAGGGUGGGGGCUGUGAGCAGUUCUCACAGGCAACGUUUCUGCAUUGGGGAGAGGGAAUUAAUCUCCGCCAUGUGAUAGGCCAGGUGCUAGGUCGGAAUCAUGCUGAACUUGUUGCUGAUCGUGGUCAUUCAUGCCCUAAUUGUGGUCAAGUUAAUGUAAAGAUUGGAAAUAACAAUCACAUCUUUUGCUCGGGGUGCCAAAACCCCUAUUGUUACUUAUGUAAAAAGAUCGUGAGGCGCGGUUCUCAACAUUAUGGCUCUAAGGGCUGCAAACAGUACUCGGUGGGAUAGCUCGGACUACAACAAGCGGACUUUUUCUAAUGAUUCCUUUGUUGAUAUUUAUGUUAAUGACUCCUUUGUUGAUAUUUAUGUUAAUAAUGUUAUUUACUUCAUGGUCAUUUAGUUUCAAUUGUUGUAUUGGAAAUGUUGGAAUACUCAUAUUUUACUGUUUUAUCUGACAAUUGUGUCCUUUGUGAAAGGUUGUGGCCCUUGUGGGGUAGCUUCGGGAUAUCACAACCAGACUUUUUCUAAUGACUCUUUGUUGAUAUCUAUGUUAAUGGACUCCCUUGUUAA